AUGGCGUCUCGGCCAGAGCAUAUAGCCCCACCAGAGUUCUUCUAUGAUGAAGAAAUGGCUGAGAAGUACGCGGCGAACAGCCGUAUGAUCGACAUCCAAAGCAAGAUGACUGAGAGAGCAAUCGAAUUGAUGAUGUUGAGUGACGAUGAGCCCAGCUUGGUCCUCGACGUAGGAGUAGGGUCGGGGAUCUCUGGAGGGGUCCUUGGAGACCAUGGUCAUUUCUUUGUCGGUCUAGAUAUAUCAUCGGCUAUGCUCAACGUGGCACUAGAGCGAGAGGUCGAUGAAAGUGGUGAUUUCCUUCAGGGAGACAUGGGCCAGGGCUUUGGUUUCCGACCGGGCACUUUCGAUGGAUGCAUAUCGAUCUCUGCUCUCCAGUGGCUGUGCAACUCUGAUGUCAAAAGUCAUGAGCCAUAUCGACGGCUGAGGAAGUUCUUCCAGGACUUGUUCAAUUGUCUAAAGAAGGGCGGCCGAGCAGUAUUGCAGUUCUACCCUGAGAGUGGCGAACAGGUUGAGAUGAUCACCAGUGCCGCUAUGCGUUCGGGUUUCGGAGGUGGCCUUGUGGUUGACUUCCCUCACUCCUCGAAGGCCAAGAAGCAUUUCCUUGUACUAUACGCCGGUAAGCCUGUACGGUAUCUCGAAUGCCCAUCCGAGUGA